AUGUUUAUUGGAGGCCUCAAUUGGGAGACUACAGACCAGUCGCUUAAGGACUAUUUCUCACAAUUUGGUGAAGUCCAAGAAUGCACAGUUAUGCGUGAUAGCACCACUGGGAGAUCGAGAGGGUUUGGGUUCCUUACGUUCAGGGAUCCGAAGACUGUGAAUACUGUGAUGGUCAAGGAGCAUUAUCUAGAUGGGAAAAUUAUUGACCCUAAACGUGCUAUUCCCCGUGAUGAACAAGAAAAAACGAGUAAGAUAUUCGUUGGUGGAGUCAGCCAAGAAGCCACAGAACAAGAUUUUAAGCAAUUUUUUAUGCAAUUCGGUCGCGUGGUGGAUGCUACAUUGAUGAUCGACAAGGACACUGGUCGGCCUCGAGGAUUUGGCUUCGUGACCUUCGACAGCGAGGCGGCGGUGGAAGCUACACUUUCUCGACCCCUAGAGAUCUUAGGUAAACCUAUUGAGGUGAAAAAGGCCCAGCCAAGGGGCAACAUGCGAGACGACGACGGUCGAGGCCGACGGGGCAGAAUGGACAGCCAGGGCAUGACUCCCGACAACAGUCAACAACAAGUAGGUGGGCAAGGAGCAGGCGGGAUGCCCAGCGGUAUUUCACCACAGAUGAUGGCCCAGUACUGGCAGAGGAUGCAACAGUAUUUCUCUAUUAUGCAGCAGCAGAUGGCAGUUGCAGCAGCCGCUCAGGGUCAGGGUAUGGGCGGAAUGAAUAUGGCUGCAGGUAUGAAUCCUGCGAUGAUGCAGCAAAUGAAGCAAAUGCCAAUGGCUGGUGGUGGUGGCCAGCAAGGAGCUCAAUCCCCGAGUCCCGGCCCCCAGGGCAUGCAAAACAUGCAGAAUAUGAUGAACCCAGCCAUGAUGCAACAAAUGCAGCAGAUGCAACAGAUGCAAAACCAAGGCCAGCAGAUGGGCAUGGGUUCUGCUGCCGGCUAUACAGGUAACCGCGGUGGACCAGGGUACAAUGCUCAGGAGCAACUCGCUUUCGAGCAACAAAAGUACGAGCAACAACAGGCUCGGCGAGUUGUAGAUAAUCGUGCGUACUCACCUUACCAACAAGGCGGCCCGACUUCAUGGGAGGGUAUGUACGAUGAAGUGCCUCAACCAAAUAUCCCAACAGGUCCCCAGGGCCGCGGUGGAGGAGGCAUGGGACGCGGUGCUAUUCCGAGCCAAGGUGGUAAUAGUCCUCAGCCAGCUGGUGCUGCUCCAGCAAACGCCCCUACCGGCCCCAAGAACGCCGGACGACCAGGCGCAAACUACCGUGGUGGAGGCCGUGGUGGUGGACACCGAGGAUUCCACCCUUACUCGCGAUAA